GACGAUGGUGAUGGACAUGAUAAAAGCGGCCAUGGGAUCUAAGGAGACUUACUACAGACAUGACUACAACCCCGAAUUUAUGGAUGAGCAGAGAACUAUCCUGCCCCCUAUCGGCGAAGGUCAGAAACAAACUAUGCCUGGGGAUAUGGAGAGGACAAUUGACAGGCUCAUCCUGGAGGAUCACGGAGUCCCGGGGGAGCCACAGAUGCAGUCCAUGGGGCCUAAGGCUCCACCCAAACCCGUCAUUACUGAUCAGGAUGAGUUUGAGUUCCUCCCGGAAGUGCUAGGUUUCCAGGAGGUAGGAGAACUUACGACCAAUAUCCGUCCACCAGUAAGCGAAGCAUUCAAGAAACAAUUCUCACGCCCGCCGACAAAUGCCGGAAGACGGUCCCCAAUCAAGACCGAGGCUCCACCUGCCCCAGGAACCUCGUUCCGGUUUACCACAUCCGCGCAGGGCAAAAGGGAAGAUGCUGCAGCUAACCAAUCAAAACCAGCGCCAGUAGAUCAACAACGAGCGGAUGUGACAAGCCCUAAUACAUUUUAAUAUCAAACAA